AGGAGCGCGGAGGCCGCAGCUUCAUCUCAGCGAAGCGCUCCGCUCCGUCCUUUCCUUCCCGCCUGGAAGAGCGGGCACUGAGGCCGAGGGCCCCCCCCCGGGGACUACAACUCCCAGAGGCCUUUGCGGCAGCGCCGCUGCGCACCGCCCGCCCGGGCCCAGCGCGGUGCAUGGUGGGACGGCAGUUCCAAAAUGGACCACCACCACCACCACCACCACCACCGGGAUGCUUCGGGGAAGGCCAGUCGGUGGUUUGGGGUCGCGCAGUCCAAGUCGGCCAAGACGACGGCGAAUAUCCUCCAGCAAGAGGAGCUGAUAGCGCAGAAAAAGAAAGAGAUCGAGGCCCGGCUGGAGCAGCAGGCCCGGCAGAGCGCCCUGAGCCUGCAGCAGCUGCCGCUGCUCGGAGAAGAUGACGGUGCUGAAAAUGAAGCCUCUGUUUCCAACAAGUUUGUUAAUGAUGGCAGUUUCCUCCAGCAGUUUCUCAAGCUGCAGAAGGAAAAGUCAAGUGCUGAACCUCCCCCAAGUUCUACUAAUAACUCGGCAAACGCUUCUGCACCAAAUGUUGGGAAGAAACCUAUGCUGUUUGGGAAGCGCCCGGGUCAGGUCCUGAGCAGCAUGCUGCAGCAAGCGAAGAACUACUCCCAUUCCAAACAGAGCCCAGUCGUUAACCGCCUCAGUGUGUUUCAGUCGCCAGAUGAAGAUGAGGAGGAAGAUUAUGAGCAGUGGUUGGAAAUUAAAGUUUUACCCCCAGAGGAUGCGGAGACCCGCCAAGUGGUGGAAAAGCUGGCUAGGUUCGUGGCUGAAGGGGGACCAGAGUUAGAGAAGGUCGCUAUGGAAGACUACAAGGAUAACCCAGCUUUUUCGUUUUUACAUGAUAAGAACAGCAGAGAGUUCCUUUACUACAGAAAGAAAGUGGCCGAGAUAAGAAAAGAGAAUCAAAGUUCUCAGGCAUCCUCGUCUCAAAAAGUUUCACCCCCAGAGGAUGAAGAGACAAAGAACUUUGCUGAGAAACUCGCCAGGUUCAUAGCAGACGGGGGUCCUGAGGUGGAAGCUAUUGCCUUGCAGAACAACCGUGAGAACCACGCUUUCAGGUUUUUAUAUGAGCCAAACAGCAAAGGCUACAAGUAUUACCGGCAGAAGCUGGAGGAGUUCCGUAAGGCCAAAACCGGUGCUGCAAGUGCUCCCUUGCCUGCAGAGUCCAGUCUGAAAAGGAAGACCAGUCCUGAGGCGUCUCCAUCACCUCUGUGCUUAUCGUCUUUGCCGUUGCCUGUGCCCACACCUUUGCCUUUACCCUUACCCAUCCCCGUCCCCUCGCCGUUGCCCUUGCCCGUCCCCUCACCGGUGCCCUUGCCCGUGCCCUUGCCCAUCCCCUCACCGUUACCCGUGCCCUUGCCUGUACCCUCACCAUUGCCCUCACCUUCACCAUCAUCCUCUACAACUCCACCUAAUCAGACGGCUACAGCUGCUGCUGCGACAACAACUACAGCCGCUGCUGCAGGCACGACGAAAAAGAAGCGGAAGAGCAGGUGGGGGCCAGAGGAGGACAAGGUUGAACUGCCCCUCCCGCAGCUCAUGCAACAGCUGGAUUCCCCCUCCCCUCUGUCAGUUCAGGACCUCAAGGGCCUUGGGUAUGAAAAAGGGAAACCAGUUGGUUUGGUGGGUGUGACGGAGCUCUCCGAAGCCCAGAAGAAACAGCUGAAGGAGCAGCAGGAGAUGCAGCAGAUGUAUGACAUGAUUAUGAAGCACAAGCAAGCCAUGCAGGAAAUGCAGAUGAUGUGGGAAAAGGCGAUUCAGCAGCACCAGCAUGGCUACGACAGCGAUGAGGAAGUGGACAGCGAGCUGGGAACGUGGGAGCACCAGCUGCGACGCAUGGAGAUGGACAAGACGCGAGAGUGGGCUGAGCAGCUGACCCAGAUGGGCAGAGGGAAGCAUUUCAUUGGAGACUUUCUCCCACCAGACGAGCUGGAAAAAUUCAUGGAGACGUUCAAGGCUUUGAAGGAAGGACGUGAACCAGAUUAUUCUGAGUACAAAGAGUUCAAACUGACUGUGGAAAACAUCGGUUAUCAAAUGCUAAUGAAGAUGGGCUGGAAGGAAGGCGAGGGACUUGGUUCGGAUGGACAGGGGAUUAAAAACCCAGUGAGCAAGGGGACCACGGCUGUGGAUGGCGCUGGCUUUGGCAUUGAUCGUCCUGCAGAGCUGACCAAGGAGGACGAUGAGUACGAGGCGUUCCGCAAGCGGAUGAUGCUCGCCUACCGGUUCCGACCCAACCCGCUGAACAAUCCACGGCGACCUUACUACUGAGAGCGUCCCAUGGGACGGCGCGUUUUCAAAACAAUUGUGAUUUUUUUUUUACUGUGAAACGUUCGGAAAUCGCGUUGCCAUUUCUCUCCUUUGCUGAUAUCGACAACUUCCCGAAGUCACGAGGCCGGCUCUCACCCAGAGGAAAGGGCUGCAGGCCCGCUCACCAUGCACAUCAGCAUCAUGACAGCCACUGGAACGAGGCCUGGGUGCUGCUCAGAGGGGGAACAGAGCGGGUGAGAGCAGAGAUGUGUGCGUGGUGCCCUGCUGAGAGCAAGGGCAGCCCCAAAGAUGCCGACAGGGAUAGUGCAGGGACUCGGUGCAGGUCUAGCUCAGUGUCCUGUUACUGACAGCACGUUUUUUCCGCAUAGUGGUAGACCCUUUGUUUUUCAGAGCUGCAGCCUGCGCUGCUCUCUUUUUAAUUGCAAAGAUUUAAAGAAAAAAAAAAAACAAAAAAGGACUGUCCGACCCCGCUUCGGGGGCUCCCGGUCGGUCUUUGUUCCCUGACAGACCGAGUUCCGAUGCUGUCGUGAAGCCACGAGUACAGUCUGACCUCCAGCUGACGUUGCACAACCGGUGCCUCCUUGUUUCACCUCUGCCCUCUGGAAGAGGAGGCUGGGAGCAGCGCGUGGAGCCUGACCGCAAGGGCUGAGGGGCACAGGGGAUUUCGUUCAGCUGCAGAGACAGCAGCCUCGUGCCGUCUUGAACACUAAGUUCACCCCCAGCUUCUCAGCAAAACAAGCCCCUUGCAAACUGCGUGUCUGGACGUGGGUGAUGAAGAGCCAAGCCUUCCACCACAGCUUCUCAAAGGCCAUUUGGAUUUUGUUGUCGUAAGGAAAAACCGCUGCGAGUACCGAUUUUCUUCGUUCGUUCAUUCAUUCAUUCUGUAAAUAAAAUAAAGCUCAUUUCUUCCUUAGUUUCAA